GUGUGCAGUGGUCACCGUUUAAUGAAUAUUCUGGAAGCGAGGAUUGCCUUUUUCUUAACGUCUUUACUCAAAACAUAAUUGGAUCACGACCGGUGAUGGUAUGGAUACAUGGAGGAGCCUUUGUGUUGGGUUCCGGGGAUACGGGAAUGCACGGACCGGAGCACUUAAUAACGGAGAAUGUGGUGGUUGUUACGAUAAAUUAUCGUUUGGGAAUUUUUGGAUUCUUCAGUACGGGAGACACCCAUGCUCAGGGUAACUGGGGAUUGAAGGAUUGUAUCGAAGCCCUGCGAUGGGUGCGUGACAAUAUAGCCGCUUUUGGAGGAGACCCAAAUAAUGUGACGAUUUUCGGUGAAAGUGCUGGAGGAGUUCUGGUGCAUUUCUUGGUAUUGUCUUCGAUGGCUGCUGGAUUGUUUCAUAAAGCGAUACCGCAAUCAGGGACAGCGCUAGUUCCGUGGGGUUUCCAAUAUAAUCCUCGGGAAAUGUCCCAGAAUAUUGCUGACGCCUUUGGAUAUACACAUGAAACUGAAGAACUUACACGGCUUCUACGCUACACUCCGAUCGCAGACUUUGUGGCGCUUCAAAGAGGCAUAACAGCCAUUCCUAUUCCUCGUGGUUUUGAACCCUUUGAGUAUGUCCCCAGCGUGGAACCGGACUCACCCGAGCCCACCGCCAUUACUCAGCGGCCGAUUGAAAUUUUGCACGCUGGUACCUUUAACCACGUUCCGUUAAUGAUCGGCUACACAAGCAUCGAAAGUUUGUUUAUGGUUCGUGAGCAUUUACUAGAUUCAACGGUAUGGGACGAGUUCACACGGAAUCCAGGGUUUUUCGUGCCACAUUUCUGGAAUAUUCCGGCCGGUACCACUGAGGCUAGCGCAGUGAGCCAAGCAUUCCGUGAUUUCUACUGGCAGGAUCAAGCUCUCGGCCUGGACAUUAUGCUAGAGUGGAGCAAAUUCCAUACAGACCAGCAGUUCAUUUAUGCCGUAGACAACGAACUUUUCCUAACGGACUUCCCUGGAGCAGUGCAUGCAGACGAACUGGCUUAUUUGUGGAACAUCGAUAAUUUCCCUAUCAUACCUAUACUUUCGGAAAACCACGCCAUCACUGUCCGUCGACGAAUGGUGCGGCUUUGGACUAACUUUGCUACCACAGGAAAUCCCACGCCAAACUCGGACGCAGAUCUAUAAAACGUUCUGUGGGCUCCGAUUCAAGGUGGUGAUAUGGCCUAUUUGGAUAUUGGCGAAGAUCUCGUCGCUGGCAAUGAGCCGAAUAAGGAUCGUAUGGACCUAUGGAGCGAUCUGGAAAACCGAUAUGCAAAUGACCCGUUUUAUUUUCCCUAUCAAUAA